AACUACAUGUCAUGAUCAUUACUAAUUGAAGCCAGUUUACGUUUGGUUCAGUUCUAAGAUGUGACAGCAUGUCGACAGAAUAUAUACCCGGUGUUGAGGCCGGUACGGAGGAAGGUAAGAUCUGUAGCGAAUCACAAGACUGCCACACUCUAGACGUGAAAUAUGACUCUGCUCACUCACAAGCAGACGUACGACGGUCCGAAAUCCUGGACUUCGGAAACGAAGGUUUUCUAUUACAUAACAUAUUAACGCCGACAGAAUGUGCAUCUAUCAUUGACGGGGGAGAGAAAAUAGGUUUUGGAGAAAUACGCGGAGCCCAAGAUAACUACAGAAGCGCCCAGAGGAUCAUGAUAGAAAGUCAGUCCCUGGCUGACCUGCUUUGGACCAGGAUACAGUCAUGUCUGGAGGAGCUAGACAUUUCCAGUGAUCCACAUUCCCAACAUAUACAUGGUAUUCCAUGCGUGGUCCAAGGCAAAUGGGUCCCAACUGGACUCAACAAGUUAUUCCGUCUGUGUCGUUAUCAUCCCGGUGGUCAUUUUGCACCUCACUUUGAUGGGUUCUAUGAGGAGGAUUCGAAACACCGGUCCAUGAAAACUCUGAUGGUCUACCUCAACGGAGAUUUCACCGGAGGUAGCACCAACUUUGUAGACGAGAGCCAGACACUCCAUAUGGAUGAAACAGGGAAAUAUUGUGCAGAAGAGAAGAACAUCUUGUGUAAGGUCCAGCCGGAGGCCGGCAUGGCUAUCAUUUUUAACCAUCAUCGUCUACACGAGGGCCAGAAACUUUGGGAUAAUAAGAAAUACAUUUUAAGAACGGAUAUAAUGUUUAAAAAGGUCAGCAAGGACAAAAUUGAUGACAAUGAAGAAAAAGCACUUGCUCUGAUAAAGGAAGCUGAACAACUUGAGGCUUUUGGAGAAUGCGAUAAGGCUGCCAUGGUUUUGAGGAAGGCUUUUAAACUGUCACCAGCUAUUGAAGAGUCUUACUGGGCAUAAAAAAGCCCUAACACUGCCAGAGAUUUUAUAUACGUUCCUUAAACCAAGCAAUGGUAUAUUUGUAAUCAUUUCAUUCAUGUGAUGGAUUAGACUUGUGUGCUAUUGGAGGAACCCUGAUGUCACAACCCUCAGGGAUGUAUCAGCAGUAUGAAACGUUAAACGUCGCUUCUCGAUGAAUUCCCUUCAAUAAAUUUGGGUAAAACAUCCAG